CGGCCCGGGCGGCCCUGCCCCGCCGCGGGCUGACCGGUGCGCGCAGAUGUGCAAGCCGGUCGCGUCCGCUCGCCUGGGGCGCGAGCCUUAGAGGGGCGCCUGCCGGCGGGGCGCGCUCUAGUGCGGUGGGCGGGCCCCGGGGACCGAGGUGCGUCCGGGCGGAGCUUCGGGAGGCUUCAGCCAGGGUCGCGAUGGCCAGGGGCCGCCGCGCGGAGCUUUCAGGGGAGGCCUGCCCCGCGGAGCGUCGGCACCCAAUGGCCUGGGGGCGCCGGAGAAGCGGCGGGCUGUGCCUGCAGCCUCGGGCGGCCGGAGCUCGCGAACCCGAGGAGUCACCGGGCCCGCAGGGCUGGGAAGAGGUCGGAGGGGAGUCUGUUGGCAGAAUGAGGAAGCGACCGCAGCCUGGCCUAAGGAGCAGCCAGGAUUGGGAGGCCGAUUUGGAAGCUGGGGACCAAGCGGAGGUGGUGCUGCUGACCUUCCAGGACGUGGCUGUGUACUUCUCUUGGGAGGAGGGGCGGCAGCUGGGCCCAGACCAGCGGACGCUAUACAGGGACGUGAUGCUGGAGAACUACGGGCACGUGGCCUCGCUGGGACUCCCUGAGUCUAAGCCAGAGCUGAUCUCCCAGCUGGAGCAAGGUGAAGAGUGGUGGGUGCUGGGUCUGCUACGAGCUGAGCAACAGGAGGUUUUGAGCAGGACAGAUUCUGUGAUUGGGACUGAGAAGGAGUUAUUCAUUCUAAACCAGAAAUGUUCUGAAGAAGUAAAAACACCAGAAUUGAUAUCAAGAACAUUCUCAAGGGGUAAUCCACAAGCAUCUAAGUUACAGAAAGCUUGGGACAUUGAGAAUAAACUAGAAGAACACCUGGGAAAUCCUUUUGGGGAGAGUUUGAAGAAACCCCAUCUUCACAAGAGAGUUUUCAGCAAAGAAAUUUUCAUGUGUAGGCAAAGAUCUCCGGGAGAAAGAAUCCAGAAAUGUGGUACAUUUGAUAGAAACUUGAGUCUGAACCAAAAUGUUGUUAGACUUCAGAAAACUAGAACAGGAGAAAGAGGUUUUAAAUGUGAUAUCUGUAGCAAAACCUUCAAAUAUAAUUCAGACCUAAGUAAACACCAGAGGAAUCACCCUCGGGAGAAACCAUACGAGUGUGGUCAAUGCGGACGAACCUUUACUCACAGCUCAGGACUUAUUCUGCAUCAGCAGGUUCACACUGGAAACAAACCAUUCAAAUGUAAUGAAUGUGGGAAAAAGUUCGGUCUUCAUUCCUACCUCCUUCUUCACCAGAGAAUUCACACUGGAGAAAAACCUUUUGGAUGUAGUGAAUGUGGGAAGGCUUUCAGUCGAAGCUCAACUCUCAUUCAACAUCGUGUAACUCACACAGGAGAAAAACCUUACAAAUGUAACACAUGUGGGAAAGCCUUCAGCCAGAACCCACAGUUAGCACAGCAUCAGAGAAUUCACACUGGGGAGAGACCCCAUGCAUGUAGUCAGUGCGGGAAGGCCUUCCGUCGAAGUUCAAGCCUUAUUCAGCAUCAGAGAAUUCACACUGGGGAGAAGCCCCAUAAGUGUAGUCAGUGUGGCAAGACCUUUAGUCAGAGCUCAAGCCUUUUUCUCCAUCACAGGGUUCACACUGGUGAGAAGCCCUAUGCAUGUACUGAGUGUGGUAGAGCUUUUGGUUUUAACUCCCAUCUUACUGAACACAUACGGAUUCACACUGGAGAAAAACCCUAUGUUUGUGCUGAGUGUGGCAAAGCCUUUAGUCGGAGUUCAACUCUUGUUCAGCAUCGGCGAGUCCACAGUGGGGAGAAGCCCUACCAGUGCCCUGACUGUGGGAAAGCCUUCAGUCAGAGCUCACAGCUUGUCCUGCACCACAGAGUCCACACUGGGGAGAAGCCCUAUGAAUGUGGUGAUUGUGGGAAAGCCUUCAGCCGGAGGUCCACCCUGACUCAGCAUCAGAAAAUUCAUUCUAGGCAGAACCCUCAUGAGUGCAAAAAAUGUGCCGCAGCCUGUGUUCAUGGCUCCAGCCAUAGCCCACGUGGAUGGAUCCACACUGGAGAGAAACACUCUGUGUAUGACAGAUGCUAUGGCACAAACCUUGUUCUGCAUUGGACGGUUCACACUGGUGAGAAAUCCUUUAGGGGUGAUUAACGUUGUAAACCUUCCAGUCCCAGCACACAACCCACCAAACACCAGAAAACUGGUGCUGGGGAGAAGCUCUACAAAAAUCAAGAUUGUGGAAACUCCUUCAGUCAGGGCUCAACCCUUACUGAAUAUGAGGUAACUCCUGCUGGUGAGAGGUCUUAUUGUUGUCAUGUGUGGGAGCACCUUCAGCCAGACGUCACGACACAGCAUCAGCAAGUCCACAUGGGAGAGACACCUUUAAAUGAUGAAUCUGAAAGAUACUUUAUUCAUAGUAAAAAGAUUUUCCAAGAAAGACACUUAAUGGGAUAAAUGUGGGGAACAGUUCAGCAUUUGUCUAUUUUGUAUUGGGUAGGAUGGUAACAUGGAAGUCAAGUAAGAAGAUCAAAAUAUUAAUAGCAAAGCAAAAUAAACAGUUCAGAUAUCUAAGUCAUUA